AUGCAAGACGAGUGUAAAGCGGAGGAGGCGAAGUGCAUCAGCGCGUUUGAGAGACGGAAGCCCACAAAGGUGCUGAAGAUAGCCGAGAGCUUCACGAAUUUAGAUGAAACGGCAAAGGCGGGACGCUACUUGCGCGGUCCUUAUUCUAAGACGGGACGGAGGUACCGCGACGUUCAAGAAAACGGUUGUAGGACGAAACGCGGUGUGUGUUGUGAAAAUGAGUGCGAGGAGUCGAGUGUAAGUGAGGAUAGUGAGAAACUUGGUGACAGAAGAGUGACUGGGUCGUCAUGCACUGCGCUACGGACUGCGGUGGCGGCCCUAUAUCCUUUCGAUGAUUUCGUUUUGGAGAAGAUUGGGGAGGGUUUCUUCUCCGAGGUGUUCAAGGUGAGUUCUAAUAAGCUUGUACUUUUUAUU